AUGAGUGUGCUACCUCCAGGUGUGCAUAGUAGAUUAACGAAUCUUCUACACAAUUUGCUUUCCGACAAUGAAUCGAGAAUAAACGCUGAAAAAUCACUUGAGCAGGAUUGGUCUAGUAAGAAUAAUGUGGAGAUGUUAUUGGUGUUUUUAGCAGAACAGGCAACACAAGGUGAGAGCGAUACUAUCCGAUCAUUUGCUGCGGUGAUGUUUAGAAGAAUGGCUAUUAAGUCUCCCAAGGAAUUAACAAGCGUUACCGAUAGAACCAUUGGCAUUAUAAGCGAGCCAACAAAGAAGCAGAUUAGAGCUACUUUGCUUCAAGGUUUUAGCUCACCACAAGCAAACGCAGUGAGACACAAAUUGGCUGAUGCCAUCUCAGAGGUGUCUAAAGAAGAUUGCUCGCCCUCGGGAACCUGGAAUGAGUUGAUUCCUGCUCUUUUUGCUGCUGCUAAGAAUCAAGAUCCAAGCUUUCGCGAAUCGGCAUUUAGAGUUUUUGCAACUUCACCCGAAUUAAUAGACCAAUCGUACUUUAACGAGCUAUUACCUAUCUAUAGCGCCGGGUUUGACGAUACCAGCGAUGAUGUUCGUAUCGCUGCUUGUACGGCUUUUGUUGCAUUUUUCAGAGAGUUGCCAAAAAAGGCAUGGCCAAGCUUGUCACCUUUGUUGCCUAGUUUAUUGAACUCAUUACCAAGAUUUUUGCAAAAUGGUCAGGACACAGCAUUAGCCUCGGUGUUGGAAUCAUUAAUUGACUUGGUUGAACUCGCACCAAAAAUGUUUAAGGAUAUGUUUCCUACCAUUAUUGAGUUUUGUGCUGCUGUUUCAAAAAAUAAGGAUUUAGACUCAACAACAAGAAUGGCGUCGUUGGAAUUGCUCACUACUUUUUCUGAGGUGUCACCUGCAAUGUGUAAACGCACUCCGUCCUAUACAGAAGAGAUUGUUCUUAUUACCUUAUCCAUGUUGACAGAAGUCUGUAUAGACGACGAUGAUGCUGCAGAAUGGAACAACAAGGAUGAUGCUGAAGAAGAUGACGAGGAGCCUGAAUAUGACGCGGCAAGGCAAGCACUAGAUCGUGUCAGUUUGAGACUCAAUGGACUGUCUAUGGCGGGUCCAUUAUUCCAAUAUUUGCCAACAAUGAUACAGUCGACAAAUUGGAGAGAGCGUCAAGCGGCAUUGAUGGCAUUGUCCUCUGCCGCUGAAGGAUGCUCAGAUGUGUUGAUGAGCGAAAUUUCCAAACUUUUGGAUAUGGUAUUACCAACUUUGAACGAUGAACAUCCACGUGUUGAGUAUGCAUGUUGUAACGCAUUGGGUCAAAUGUCUACUGACUUUUCUGAUGUCAUUCAAAGAACCGCAGGCGACAAAAUAUUGCCAGCAUUAAUAUCCAAACUUACAAAUAAAUCAGUUCCUCGUGUUCAGGCUCAUGCAGCUGCCGCUUUGGUGAAUUUCUCGGAAGCUGCUUCAAAAGAAAUCUUAGAGCCAUACUUGGAUGAUCUUUUAAACAAUUUACUUACUCUUUUGCAAUCUCAAAAGAAGUAUGUUCAAGAACAAGUCUUGACUACAAUUGCGAUUAUUGCCGAUGCCGCACAGAAAACGUUUGUUAAGUACUACGACACGUUGAUGCCGUUGUUAACGAAUGUUUUGCAGACAGAUAUGGGCGACGAAAAUAGGCUUCUCAAGGCUAAGUGUAUUGAGUGUUCUACAUUAAUUGCAUUGGCUGUGGGCAAGGAAAAGUUCCAACCUCACAGUCAUGACUUGAUCCAGCUCUUUGGCCAUAUUCAACAGACAGCUGUUAAGGAUGAUGACCCAGUUAAGCAAUAUUUAGAGCAAGCGUGGGGCAGGCUUUGCAGGAUCUUAGACAAGGACUUUUUGCCCUAUUUGCCAUCUGUAUUACCGCCACUAAUGGUUACAGCUAAAGCGUCUCAAGAUAUCUCACUUUUGGAGGAAGAUGAAGCAGAGGAAUUCAAUAACAAUGAUGAAUGGGAAGUAAUGAAUUUAUCUGGAAAGUGGAUUGCGGUACAUACAGCUGCUCUAGAUGACAAGGUCACAGCAAUGGAUUUGUUAAGGACGUACGCAAUACAACUCAAGGGAGACUUUUACCCUUGGGUCAAAGAAAUUGCCGAGGACAUUGCUCUUCCUGGUUUAGAUUUUUACCUUCAUGACGGUGUGCGAGGGUCGGCGGCUUUGACUUUGGCAUCCUUAUUAAAAUGUGUUGUUGCAGCUAGAGGUUGCGAUUCACAAGAAACACUUGUUUUGUGGUCAAAGAUUUGCGAUAAAUUAUGCGAAGUGCUUAGAUCAGAGCCUGUUGCCGAAUUACUUGUUGCUUAUUAUACCGCUUUGGUAGAAUCAAUAAACUCAUUGACACCAAACUCCAUCGCGGCUCCUCAAUUGCAAGAAUUGUGCAAGUCGAUAAACUAUAAUUUGGUUGAGGUGUUCAAAAGAAUCAGAACGAGAGACAACGAAGAAGACGAAUACACUGAAGAUAUUGAAGAAGACGAGGAGGAAUACACGGAUGAGGAGUUGUUGGACGAGAUGAACAAAGCAAUUUCUUGUAUAUUCAAAAAUAUGAAAGCAAACGCACUUGAAAACUUUCAGGAGCUUAUUCCUACAGUGUCCACAUUUAUAAAUGAUGAGAAUGUAAGCUUGAAGCUUUGUGGAUUGUGCAUAGUUUGCGAUAUCAUAGAGCAUGGAGGCCCAAACUCGGUUGUGUUCAAAGAGAGUUUUAUGAAUGUCUUGGCAGCUUCUUUGUUAUCACCUCAUGCCGGUGUUCGCCAGGCAAGCUCGUAUGCCAUUGGAGUUGCUGCGCAAUUUGGAGGAGAGAACUAUAGGGAGUUAUGUGUUGCAUCUUUGGAGCCCAUGUUCAAAAUGUCGACUGCUCCCGAUGCUAGGGCUGAUGAAAAUGUGCAUGCGACGGAAAAUGCGGUAGCUGCUAUAGCUAAAGUUUGUCACCGGUUUUCGUCCUCGAUACCCAACUUGGAUGCUCUUCUUGAUCAAUGGAUCAACUUGUUGCCAAUCGUGCAGGAUGAGACUGCGGCGCCUUUUGCUUAUGUAUUCCUAUGUGAAAUGAUUGACAAUCACCACCCGGCAAUACAAAAGAACGUUGCCAAAGUUGUAGACUCGGUCAUCCAAGCAUUGGCUCAUGCAGCCCUCUCCGGUACUACUGCUACUAGAGUGGCAACAUCAACAAGAAAAUUAUUAAGUUCUAUUCCCCACGAGGAAGCGAUGGCUUUAUUGCAAAAAAACCCAUCCGAUAUAGACAUCGUUAAAAAGUAUUUCAGCUAA